AUGGCCGAAUACCUAGCUUCUCCUUCCUUUCUCACGGAUAAUUCCGUCGCUGCUGUCAUAAAGGAUGCAUACACUUCUUUCUCAGAGCGAAGGGCGGCUCUCGGUCUGCCAAAUCCCGGAACCGUGGAUAACAUCGCUAGGGAAGUGCAGAAGGAGGUCUUGCUGUCCAAUUUUAUGUUCUCGGGUCUCCGUGCAGACUUAACGAAGGUCUUUGGCAUGUCUCCUCUGUUCCGUGUGUCUCAUGCGUUCUCCAUGGGCUCGUCGGGGAACCUGCCUCCCUAUGCUUUCUCGGCCAUGUAUGGAAGUCCAAAGGUUUUCAUGCAAGGUAACUUCGGAAGCGACGGCGCACUCGCCGCUGUCGGCAACUAUCGUUGGAGCCCAAAGCUUGUCACCAAGACCAACACCCAGAUCAUGGCUGGCGCCAGCCAGGGUCUUAUGCAGAUCGACAAUGACUACACCGGCGAUGACUUCUCGGCUUCGAUCAAGGCCUUCAACCCAUCCUUCUUAGAUGGGGGUCUUACUGGCAUCUUCGUCGGAAGCUAUCUCCAGUCCGUUACCCCCAGCCUCGCUCUUGGAUUCGAGGCUAUCUGGCAGCGCCAGGCUAUGAACACUCGCCCAGAAACUGCGAUAUCCUACAGCGCCCGGUACAAGACCAAUGACUGGAUCGCCAGUGCCCAGCUCCAGGCUCAGGGCGUCUUCACAGCAUCUUACUGGAAGAAACUCUCUGAGCGUGUUGAGGCUGGUGUUGAUAUGAACCUGCAGUUUGCGCCCAACGCAGCUGCAGCUCUGAUGGGCGGUCCCAGCAGAGAUGGCACUACUGCCAUUGGUGCCAAGUACGACUUCCGAGCAUCCACUUUCCGAGCUCAGGUCGACAGCGCCGGAAAGGUUAGCUGCUUGCUUGAGAAGCGGAUAGCGAUGCCCAUCUCUCUUACGUUCGCCGGUGAGAUUGAUCAGGCUAAGCAAUCGGCUAAACUCGGUCUUGCUGUGUCCCUUGAGAUCGCUGGCGAGGAACUGAUGGAGCAGCAGGAGAAGAUUGAAGCCCAGGGCAUGGUUCCUCCACCUUUCUAG